AUGAGCACGAAUCUCGUACCGCCGCAAGUGCUCGUUGACACACCGCGACCGCAAAACGACAAGAGUGAAGCUGAAAACUAUAACGGAAUGAUCUCAAUCUCAUUGAGCAAAUUCACGCAAUCGAUUCCGAAGCCGUCAAACUCGACGUCGUCGUCGUCAUCGCGAAAGAAGUCGUCGUCGCCGCGAAUCAGCCCGAGAGCGAGUCCGCGUCUCAAGAAGAAGUGA